CACGUAUAAAGACUACUCUGUUCGUUAGCGACUGCAGUAUUUUAAACUCUACAAAUGGAGAAGAUUGUGUUUUAUGAAGGUCAGGACUUCCAGGGAAAGUCCUACGACUGCAAAGGGGACUCAGCAGACCUGUACAGCUUCAUCCGCCGAUGCAACUCUGUGAAGGUGCAGGCCGGCUGGUGGGUCCUGUAUGAGCGCAACAACUUCUCAGGUUACCAGUAUAUAAUUGGCCCUGGGGAGUAUACUGGCUACGGUCAAUGGAUGGGAUUUAAUGACUGUGUCAGAUCCUGCAAGAUCAUCAGAAACUGCAAGGGCCCAUUCAAGCUCAAGCUAUAUGGACGACCAAACUUUAAUGGUACGACUCUGGAGGUGACAGAUAAUAUGAAUUCCUUGCGAGAAAAAUGGUCAUGUCAAGUCAUGUCCUGCAAGGUCCUGCAGGGUUCCUGGGUGUUCUAUGAACACCCCAACUUCACUGGUCGGCAGUACCUGCUGGAGAAAGGGGAGUAUGGAAGUCCUGCUGAGUGGGGAGCCUUGACUGCGACUGUUGUUUCUAUCAGGAGAGUCAUGGAGCUGCCAAAAUCAGACAGCUAAAACUCCUCAUUAUGUGUUCCAAUAAAGGCCAUCAUCUCUAA